GGGAGCACAGAAAUCAUCGAGGAGGUGGAGGCUGAGCAGGAUGAGGAGGCGCCCGAGUGGGCCCAGGAGGCCAAGUCCUCCUUGGAGGAUGGUGACACAGAGGCCCCGCCAUCCUACAGCAAGGCCAUCAGCUUUGAGCAGCUGUCUGUCAACUCCCAGGAUGACUCGGCUGGCCAAACCCCAAUGUAG